AUGUUUGAGAAGAGAAAAGAGCUCGCGAUGGGUAAGUUGCUCAUUUUACGAGCCUCUACAGCUAGCGAACGGUGCGUUUUCGGCGGUCUUUCUUGCGAAGGUUGGAAAAUCAUACUUUGAGUGGUCGUGCCGUCAAAUCGUGUUGUAAGUUGGAGGGGAGGCUUUUUAUAUGAUUUGGAACAGGUUUAUCGGGCGUUGAGGGCUGAAAAUUUUGGUCUCAACAGCCAAAGAAAUCGAUGAAAAUUGAUGAAAUUUUACGAAAUCAGUCAGUUGGGAAAAAAAUCUCGAUUUUUUGCAGCAAAAUUACUCGCCUUGUUGCAGUCGCGGAUCAAAUCUCUAGCCGUGGCUAGCUGUCGCGAAGCGAUAAUGACCGAAUUCAAGGCGCGACAUAUCCACACUAUUUUCCCGACAAGCUCUUAUCAUACGCAUAUCAGUCUGUAGGAAAAAUAAUGUGGGUUUUGUGGCAGUCACACGUCAGGUAUCCAGCCGUGGUUAGCGUCGCAAAGCUGGGUCCAAUGCGCUAACCGAAAGUUUACUGAAAAUCAUAGGGCGCAGCUCGAAAGCAAGCUAAAAAUUAGCUCCGGCGAGCUGCGAAAGCUUGUUUUUUCCGAGCUGCGCCCGAGAUGCGAGCCGCGCCCGUGCCACUUUCCCGAGCUGCGCCCUACCAUUUUCAGCUAACUUUCAGAGAGCGCAUUGGCCCCUGGCCGCAAUGAUGGCCGAUUUCGAGGCGCAAAAAAUCCGCAUUAUUUUCCCGACAGACUGAUAGUACGAUAUCAGUACGUCGGGAAAAUAAUGAGCACUCUUUCGCUUCGAAAAUUGCAUCACCGCCGAGAAAAUGAAUUAUGUCGCUGGAAAAACAAAAUGCUUUACUUCAGCGACGACAUUGUGUUCAGUAUUUUCCUGACAGAGUGAUAGUAUUGUUUUUGCCAUAAGUCAUCUCUAAAGCCAUGAAUUGGGGAUCCGGUGGCUCAAAUUAACUAUUUUCCCCACUCCAGUCCGCCAUGAAAGACGGCAAGCCGAGCGAGGAGGACAGCUCGGUCCGCGUGGACAAUUUUCAAACCGUCCAAACCACCGAAGAGCAACUCGCUACGAAGGAAAAUGCCGAGGGCAUCCUUGAAAGUCAUGAGAAAAUCGAGAAAACCGACAGCCAUGAGAGACUGGGCAGCAAGGAGAGAGUCGGCAAAGAGCGGAUCGGCAGAGAGAAGAAGCCGAAAAAGGACAUCAAGACCAAGGCUGGGAAAAGAAGCAAGGAGAGUCGACUGAAGAGGGAUCGGUCCGGCUCCAAGGAGAAGAUCACGAAGCCGAGAAGGGGUGAGAAGGAACCUUUUGAAUUUUUUUUUUGCAAAAUGGGGAUUUUUUGGGGAUUUUGAUAUUUUUUGAGAAUUUUAUUGUUUUCCGAUUUUUUUUAUUUUUGAAAAAAAAAUUAUGAGGAAAUUGGAUUACACAAUUUUUUAAAGGCUCUACAAUUCAUUAUAAGACGUUUUUCCCCCUAAAAAAUCAUUUUUUAGUCAAAAAAAUAAAAAUAUUUUCUAUUAAAAAGUUUGUUCAUAACGUCCUAAAAUUUUUUAAAAUACGCUGUCUGAACUUUUUGCCUCUUUACCCCUCACUUUUCAGCCCUGUCCAGAGAAAAAACCGUAACAAAUGACACUUCGUUGGACCUCGGCAACUCCCAAGAAGAAGAGUCGGAAUCAAAGGGCGACAAGGAGAAUUGCUACCGCACAAUGAUUCCAAUCGAGCUGACGGCGCUGCAGAAGAGGACCUGGUACCAUGGGUUGAUGCCACGCGACGAAAUUGAGCAUAUUCUACAGCAGGAUGGGCAAUUUUUGGUUCGCAAGACGGAAGUGGGAAAAGGCGAACAGCAGGAGCGAUUGACGUUGUCGGUACGGUGGAAGGGAAGGGUUAGGCACAUUUUGAUCCGAUUGAACAAAGAGAACAAGUGGGCUUUCAUUCCGGAGUGCGGAUUCGACAGCAUUGAGAAGUUGAUCAGCUUUUAUAUGGUGAGUUGCGGGGAAGUUGGGGUAAAAUACGCCGUUUCUAGUGUCUGGCUUAUUGAAUAUUGGCUUAUUUUUGGACUAUGGAGUUUUUGUAUCAGUUUUUGAACUUUUGGAUGAUUUUAAGAGGUUGUUGCAUAAUGCCAAAAAUUUGAAAUUUUUUGGCGGGAAAUUGAAAUUUUUAGAAAUCUGGAGUUGAUUUAAUCAUUAUGAAGGUUCUUUAGGCAAUUUCCAAGAAUUUUCUCAGUUUUUAUGGGUUGUUGCAGAAUGCCAAAGAUUUGAAAAGUUGGCGGGAAAUUUGAAAUUUCAAAACUUUAAUGUAUUUUUUCGACUUUUCAUGAGUCUGUUAUUCUUUUGUUUUUAUGUUUUUAUAAUCUUUUUGCAAUUUUCAAAGGAUUGUUGCAGAAUGCCAAGAAAUUGAAGAAUUUAAAAUUCGAAAAAAUUGAUUUAAAAUUCGAAAAAAUUGAUGAAACUCUUUCAAAGAAAGGCUGAAGAAUCCGUAUUCUACAUUUUUUUGUUGAAAUGUUUUAAAUUUUGCGAAAAUUUGAAUUUUUGCCUAAAAAUCCCGUUUUCAGCUGACCAAGGGCGAGAUCCAAAAAGAAGGCACCAAACUGCUCACCCCCGCCCCGCGACCCGAUUGGUACCUUCUUCACUCGCAAAUUACGACUAAAAAGAAGCUGGGAAACGGCCAUUUCGGCGAGGUUUUCCUCGGCGAACUGCACACGGAAGAGAAGACGAUCGAAGUGGCGGUGAAGAUGCUCAAAGGAAAGAUGGGGAAGAAGGAGCGCUCCGACUUCAUGAAGGAAGCGGCGAUUCAGCGAAAAUUCAAGAACGCCCAUGUGGUUGGGUUGCUGGGAAUUGCACCCACCGAAGAGCCGUUUAUGGUGGUCUUGGAGUAUUGCCCCGGAGGCGAUUUGAGGAAUCAUUUGAGGAAUACGAGCAAAAACGAUCCGUUUAUAGUCUUGAAUAAGUAAGGGAGAUAUUUGAAGGCUAUUUUUGGGAUUUUUUAGGGAAAUUUCGAAAUGUUGGGUCCCAACACGAAAACUUGAUUUUUUGGUUUUGAUUGUUUUUGAAAUUCUAAAUAAGUAAAUGGACCCUUUAGAAGCUGUUUUUAGAGUUUAUUAACUAUUUUUUUGUAAAAAUUGAAAAAUUUUGGGUCCCACCACGAAGAAUUGAUUUUUUGGUUUUAUUCUUUUUUACUUUUUAAAGAGGCAAAUUAACCCCUUACAAGGCGUUUUUAGUACAUACAAGACAUUCCUUUCAAAAAUUUUAGAAGUUUUGGGUCCCACCACGAAAACUUGAUUUUUUUACUUUUUGCAUUUUUAGGUAUUUGGUGGACGCAGGAAAGGGAAUGGAGUACCUACAUGCCCUAGACGUGAUUCACAGAGAUUUGGCGGCCAGAAAUUGCCUACUUUCCGCCGAUUUUACGGUAAAAGUGUCGGAUUUUGGACUUUCCGUCAAAACCAAGGAUUUGCGCGACCAGAAGUAGGUUUUUUACGACGAUAUCAUCAAUUUUCGUACAUUAGGAAGCAAAAGAUGGCAGUAAAGUGGAUGGCGCCGGAGGUGCUGCGCUCCUACACCUUCUCCAAGGCGACGGACGUGUGGGCCUUUGGGAUCUUGAUGUGGGAGGUGUACAAACACGGCAAACUGGACCCAUAUCCGGACAAGACCACCGCCGAGGUCCGGAAAAUGCUGUUGGAGACGAAGACGCGCAUGGAGAUCCCGUCGGACCUGCCGCCGCAAAUCCAGGACAUCAUGAAAGAGUGUUGGGCCGAGAACCCCAAGGAAAGGCCUAGCAUGCGGGAUGUGGUGACCGUGCUGAGCGGCGGAACGGUGCUGAUGCCCAAGAAAAUGAAGCAUCUCAUGAACAAGCUCUCGGUUUAUCAAUAA